AUGAACAACCGACAAGUCGAGCAAGCCUUGGGACUCUUAGUCCCUACACAUGCCAAUGAGUUGCCCCAGGACCUUCUUAGCUUGGCAUUGAACCUUGUGGCUCAAUCGCGGAGCUUCUCGAGCAGCUUGAAGCCCGAAGAAGAAGCCGCCCGGCCAUAUGCCUGCGCCGAGAUCGCCUGCAGGAGAUUAAGUCGAGCUCUCAAACUUCCCCCUCUUCUCGGCCACCCCCCAUGUCUUCCGCGCGUUUACAAGAAGCUCUACUCAUACCUUGACCGAUCUCUCGGGACUGGUUCUGGAGGACUCAAGCGUUCAGCAAGUGUAUCCGGAACACCGACUCGCAGUAAUUCUGCGCAGACCACUCCUACCAGAACAGCUAGAAACACCCCUUCGAAGGCAGCUCCUACACCCCGAGGCCUCCAGAACACACCCUCCAAAUCUACGCCUUUGAAGAGAAGUGUCAGUGUCGCAGCCAGACUGGGCUCACCCUCUAAAUCUGCCCGGAAAUCCAUCCAAAGUCAUCCUAGAGAUGUCUCUAAGUCGACGAUCAUUCCCGAUGCUCCUGCAUGGGCAAUGACCGCCAUUCGCACAGUCUGCAAGACACUUUCAACCCCGGCUCCGCGGACAAGCACCUGGUCCAGACCUCCAAUUUCCCGGACCUUGCCCCCUCAUAUCUUCUCUGGUGUCUCAUCAGUCCUCUAUUUGACAUCCUGUAUGGACAGAGACGAGGAAGGCUUCGACGAAGAAAUACUGGAGUUCCUGGAGCCGAUUGUUUCUAUUGCUGGAAACGAUGCCGAAUUCAAAGAUCUCGUCUAUGCCAUGGUAGUUGCAGUUUAUUUUAUCGUCCUUGCUCGACGACGCAACCCCACGUUGUCUGAGCACGACGAGACAGAUAGCGAGGCACAGAAGAUGGAUAAAAAGACAUUCACCGAGAUGCGCCAGACUGCCUUGACUUGUUUGAAUCUCCCUACCGAUAGACGGCAUCGGGAUGAUGUCGAUCAGUGGAUUGCCUUGAUCAUGGAACAGGGCUGGGCCAAUGGGCAGGAGUGGUUCGAGAACAUCCCACUUGCUGGAGAAAUGCAUGGCGAGGAUGAGGAGGGUAAUUCUUACCGCAAUCUUGACGAGGAGGAUGCCGCAUUCCGAGGCGUGAAAUUACCCAAACGCCAUGACGGAACUGGUAAUUCCAAAUCCCGUUCUUCUAAGCCAGAGGCUUCCCACGGUGGAUUGCUACCUGGUCUGGGAACUAUGAUGCAGGAUCGUGUGGAUUGGCUUAGCGAGGACCGCAGAGAGGACUUUGUCGAAUGGAAAGCAGAGAUCAUGUCUCGCGUCUGA